GGAGGGAGAAUGCGCUCUACGUCAAACGUUCACCUACUCUGUUUUUAAGUCAUAUUAAUCUAUUUAUUUAUUUAUUUUUUCCUUGGGUUGAGGAAUAGCCUACCGCUUAAUUAGUGGAAACAAGCUCUCAGCGUUAAGAUAAAAGAGGAUGCCUAAUGUCAAGUACCAGAAAGGGGACACAGUGAUGGGACGCUGGCCUGGCAGCAACCUGUACUAUGAGGUCAAGGUGCUGCGCUUUGAUACCAAAACUCAGCUCUACACGGUCAUCUACAAGGAUGGUACCGAGCUGGAGCUCAAAGAACAAGAUAUCCAGCGUGUCGCUGGUUUCCGCACCCGUUCCAGUUCUCGCUCACCGGGCCGUCGCCGGAGCCGGUCUCGCUCCCCAGGAAGAACCACACGGCGUUCUUCAUCCCGCACCACAGUGGCUGCUGUUGCUGCUCCAUCUGCAACUGAUAGCUCACCGUCCGUCCGCAAAGAUGUUAAGAUGAGGGAUUCUUUGGAAAUCGGACUCAGUCCUCUGACACCAGAGGUUAAGACUGACACUGAGGCUGGCAAGAGCCAGGGCCGUUAUAAUCUGCGCCGUAGGAAGGAUGAGGGAGAUUCCAAACCAUCUGAGCCCAAAGCAGCACAGCUGGAGGAGAAAGAGGUCAAACCCGCUGCAGCUCCUGCUGCCCCUCUCUCCACCCCACUCGACUUCGGAGGAAAGAUUGGGGCGUACAUCUGGCUGCUCUUCCUGCCGGCCUGGGUGCUGUUCCUGUUGCUCCAAGUCAACCUGAAGGACCCCAGCCUGGCUAACUUCCCGCCUCCUCUGCCACCACUCGAUGCCUUCUGGGAUCCACAGGCCGUUGGCUUUGUCAUCUUGUGGCUCUUGUUCCAGGCCCUGCUUUAUAUCCUCCCUGUUGGAAAGCUGAGUGAGGGUGUGCCGCUGAGGUCUGGGGAGAGGCUGAAGUACAGAACCAAUGGAUUCUUUGCCGUCGUUGUGAGUGCUGUUGCCGUGGCAGCAGCAGUUGACCUGGGCGUUGAUCUCACCUAUAUCCACAGCCACUUCCUGCAGCUGGCCUUGGCUUCCUUCCUCAUAUCCGUGCUUCUUAGCAUCUACCUGUAUGUCCGCUCACGCUACGUUCGCCAGGACCAGUUGGCACUCGGGGGAAACUCUGGCAAUGUGGUUUAUGACUUUUUCAAAGGACGUGAGCUCAACCCCCGCAUCAGAGACUUCGAUCUGAAAUUCUUCUUUGAGAUGCGUCCUGGUCUGAUCGGAUGGUGUUUGAUCAACUUUGCGUUUGCGCUGGCAGAGAUGAAGCAUCAGGAUCUGGAGGCACCGUCGUACGCCAUGAUCCUGGUCAACCUCUUCCAGCUGCUCUACGUGCUGGAUGGCCUCUGGAACGAGGAGGCCAUCCUCACCACUAUGGACCUGAUGCACAAUGGUUUUGGCUUCAUGUUGGCCUUCGGUGACCUGGUUUGGGUUCCCUUCACUUACUCCCUGCAGGCCUACUACCUGGUCAGCCAUCCAAACCCCCUGAACCUCGCAGCACUCGCAGCAAUCGUCGUGCUCAAUCUUGUUGGGUUCUACAUCUUCAGGAAAUCCAACUCUGAGAAGAACGCUUUCAGAAGAAACCCAUCAGACCCCAAACUGUCUCAUCUGACGAGGAUCCCCACAGCCACGGGGAAAAGUCUGCUGGUGUCUGGGUGGUGGGGUGUGGUUCGCCACCCCAACUACCUGGGAGACCUCAUCAUGGCUCUGGCCUGGUCCCUCCCCUGUGGUUUCAGCCACAUCCUGCCAUGGUACUACAUGAUCUACUUCAUCAUUCUGCUUGUGCACCGAGACGCUCGCGACAUGAGCGAGUGCAGGAGGAAGUACGGCUCGGCGUGGGACGAGUACUGCCGAGCUGUCUGCUACCGGAUCAUCCCCCGUGUUUACUGAGGAGCCGAGAACCUCCUGGGACCCAGGACCGGCCAAGAAGACCCACUCAAAAAAAAAAAAGACAAAUAGGAAUGAAUUCUCUUCAGAUUUUUAACUAUUUUAAAAUCAAGAAUUUGGACUGAAAGAGCUACAGUAUUUUUUUUGAAUGGAGGGAAAAAAGGACACUCAUUAAUAAUGUUGGACUGUUUUGAGGAAUUGCCUUUUUUAAUAGGAAAAUAAAACAAAAGUACUUAAAACCAUUUAUAAAACAAGAAAAAAUUGGACUUCUCACACUCUCCUUUGGUUGUAUAUUUUUGUAUAUAUGCAUUUGUUUUGUUUUUGUUUUGUUUUUUUAUUUCCAAAAUGAUUCUGCACUUAAUCUUUUUGAGAAGUUUGUUGCCAUGUUUGAAAAAUUUCAGUAGCAGCUUUUACAGUUAUGAAUAACAUUGUACGUACACUUUCCUAGUAUAAUGAUACUGAUUGUGUAUAUUGUGAAGGACCAGACUUAAAUGCUUUCUUUCAUCUUUUUUUUUUCUUUUUCUUUUAUAAUGUGAACGGUGAAACUCACGUUCUCUCUCAGGACCCAGGACAAUGUUAGAAAGUGGAAUUAGAAGCUUUUGUCUUGAUUUUUGUGUAGCGAUCUAGUCUCACUAGAGUGAAAAAAAAAUUAUAUAUAUAUUAAAAGCUUUGGGAGAAAAAAGUGUUAUUGCAGGAAGGCUUUUGUAAGGUAUUUAAUUUGGCUACCUCAGAUUGACCUCGCUGCCCACUCCUUUUCUCCUACGCCCCCUGGUGGCAGUGUCCUGUAAUUUUGAGUGUGAUGUCACUGAAGUCAAACUUCACAGAUGUAAGUGAUCUCUCAGCACCAGGCGUAGGUUGUUUUGGUUUGUUUUUGAGGGGGGGGAUUCCUGCCACUUUGACUUUUGUAACAAAUGUUUUUGUAGAAUUUGAUUUUUUACUCAUAAGCUUUAACAUUGCAGAGACUUUUAAGUUUGUGCUGUGAUACUUUGCAGAGUUGAGUCACCUGUUGACUGCUGGCAUUUUUAACCUGUGCUCCAAAAAAAAAAAUCCGCCUGUGCAGUUGUAGGUGCGUAAAUUAGUACUGCUUUAGCUAGUUUUGUUUUCAUGCUGUGCUGACUGAAAAAUGUGUAAAUAUUCAUUUAAUUUUUUUUGUCACUAAGUAUUAAGAAGUGACAAUUUGUGUUUCUGUAGGUAUUUAAUUUUUUUAUGAGCCCUUUUUGCAUUUAUUUGCAUGCACUUGGAUAAUGCAGCGCUAUAAUUAAAUGCCCAUUUCCAUAUGUUCCUUGUCACAGACUAACUUCUCGCUGUCUUUAGCUGCAGCACACAUUCAAACCCAUUUGUGCUCGAUGAACCACGCUAAUGAUGAACCUGAGUUGGGAGUUUGUCAGUGGGUGUAUUUAAAUAACUGAUUAUAGUGACUGAGGCAUGACAUCAGGUCCAUCAAGCCGUUGGCGGAUGUGGUUUAAAUCAGUCAUGGAAACUGGAAAAUACUUUUCUUUUUUUUCUUUUUCCCUUUCCUCCAGUGUUAAAGAUUUGCAAUAAUUGUAUAUUUUUCUUUUUCAUUUGUAGACUUGCUGCAGCUUCAUUUACUGCAGCACACGUCACUGCGUAUCAAUACAUUCGUCCUCAUUUGUCUCAGCAGGAUUACCAAGAAAAUGUUACAUUUUGGGGUGGAUUCAACAAAUGUCAAGACAUGAAUGGAUUAUAAUGUUUGCUGGAGGUGUUGGGAAGUUUAGAUUUGGAAGUUUAAUGGGAUUUUUGGAGGUUCCAGACUGCCCUCUAGCAUGAAAAUAAAUUUGUUUUACACUGUGA